GGUUGCCUACUAACUUAGGUCUUAGCCUCCAUGUGGGCUGAUGCAUACAAGCAGGGUGUGUUUUAAUGUGCGGCUGAAUUAGCGGGUUUUAUCAGCGGUAGUCCUCUUGUGUUUUCCCCCCGGGACAGCUUCGGCUUCUCGGCGGUCGGAUGCUGGAAGUCCUCGCCGAUAAGGGAGCACGUAGGGCUCGCAGAGGGAAAAAAAGGGGACGCGGAAGGAAGGAUAGCAUUUUAAUACCAAAUCGGGACACAUGUUGAGCUAACGGCCCGCUCCACCUCCCCCCCCCCUUCUCCUCCCAAAUGCAUUUGUUGCCUCAAUCGCUUUCCCGUUACUAAUUACUCCGCGUUAGGAUACAGCCGAUCUCCUCUCCGGCUCCAAGGAUCUCCACUCAUCGUUUUUGGGAGACGAUCAUGGAUCUCAGUAAAAUCGCUGUCAGCAUCAAUAAGGCCAUCAACACACAGGAGGUCGCUGUCAAAGAGAAACAUGCCAGGACCUGCAUCUUGGGGACCCACCAUGAGAAAGGCGCCCACACUUUCUGGGCGGCCGUCAACCGGCUUCCUCUCUCCAGCAACGCAGUGCUCUGCUGGAAGUUCUGCCACGUCUUCCACAAGCUGCUGCGAGACGGCCAUCCCACCGUGAUAAAAGACUCCAUGAGGAACAAGGCUGAUUUAACUGAUAUGAGCAGGAUGUGGGGUCACCUGAGUGAAGGCUAUGGGAAGCUGUGCAGCAUCUACCUCAAACUGCUCAUCACCAAAAUGGAGUUCCACAUCAAAAACCCUCGUUUCCCCGGCAACCUACAGAUGUCAAACAGACAGCUCGAUGAGGCGGGAGAGAACGACGUUAACAACUUCUUCCAGCUGACAGUAGAGAUGUUUGACUACCUGGAGUGUGAGCUCAACCUCUUCCUGGGUGUAUUCAGCUCUCUGGACAUGUCUCGCUCGGUGUCGGUGACGGCAGCGGGACAGUGUCGCCUGGCUCCCCUCAUCCAGGUCAUCCUGGACAGCAGCCACCUGUAUGACUACACCGUCAAGCUGCUGUUUAAGCUGCACUCCUGCCUUCCAGCAGACACUCUCCAGGGCCACAGAGAUCGCUUCCAGGAACAGUUUAAGAAGUUAAAGAGUCUGUUCUAUCGCUCCAGUAACUUGCAGUUUUUCAAGAGGCUGAUUCAGAUCCCACAGUUGCCUGAGAACCCUCCUAACUUCCUGCGUGCGUCGGCUCUGUCGGAGCACAUCAGCCCCGUGGUCGUGAUCCCCGCCGAGUCGUCGAGCCCCGAGUCGGAGCACGUGGUGGAGACGGACGACCUGGUGGACAUGGACGUCCCUGUGCUGCCGGUUGCUUUGGAGACCAAGUUUGACGACCUGUUUGGCACCACGGCUGCUGUAGACCCUUUCAACUUCAACAGUCAGAACGGCAUGCGGAAGGAUGACAAAGACCGUCUGAUUGAACAGCUGACGAGGGAGAUCCAGGCCCUCAAAGACGAGCUGGAGUCUUUCAGACUGGAGAGUGGUCGCUUGUGUCAGGCGCUGAGGGGGCGUGUCAAUGAGCUGGAGGCGGAGCUUGCAGAGCAGAGUCACCUGAGGCUGCAGGCUGCAGGCGAAAGCGAGUUCCUGAAUGCGGAGCUGGACGACCUGCGGAGGGUCCGGGAGGACACAGAGAAGGAGCAGCGGAGCAUGACGGAGAUAGAGAAAAAAGCUCAGGCCAACGAGCAGCGCUACACCAAACUGAAGGAGAAGUACUCAGAGCUGGUUCAGAGUCAUGCGGACCUGCUGAGGAAGAACGCAGAGGUGACCCGUCAGAUGACAGUGGCUCGGGCAGCCCAGGAUGAAGUGGAUGCAGUGAGGAGAGAGAUGCAAGAGAAGGUGAAGGCCGCUCAGGAGGUUGCAGACAGACAGGAGAGAGACCAGCUGGAGCAGCUUCAGGAGCUCCAGAGAGAGCUGGUGUCCAGCAGGACGGAGCUGGACUCCCUGAAGACCAACAUGGACUCGACACAACAGGCUUCGAGUGAGGUGUUGGGCACCCAGCUGGUCGCCCUGGAGUCUGAGAAGGCAGAGCUGGUGCAGUGCUUGUCGAAGGUGGAGGCGGAGCUGGCUGUCCGCGGGGAGGAGCUAGAGCAAGUCCAGACCUCGCUGUCGACUGAGAGGGAGAGCGGGGUGAAGACGGCAGAAGCCCUGCAGAAUCAGCUCAAUGAGAAGGAGAGCAGGGAGCAGGCGUUGGAGAGCCAGCUGGUCGCAGCUCGCUGGUCCAGUCUGCAGGGAGCUGUGGAGGAGGCACAGAAGAUCAUCCAGGAUUCGCUGGCUCAGAUAAACGACCCGGCGCACAUCAGCUGCACCAGCUCCGCAGACUACCUAGCAUCCAGAUGUCAGGCCUCUUUAGAUUGUAUGGACCGACUCAAUUCUGCCAGAGGAACCUUCCUGGCUGACAACACAGGUGUUUCUGAGCUGGUACGAGUAGUGACCCAGUGUGGCCACCUGGUGGGCGACACCAUCGUUCAGGGUAGUGCCACCUCCCACAUGGUGCCUGUGGAGCAAGCUGAUGCCCUGUCAGAAAGUGUGAAGUUGUGCGGGGCCGAAGCUCUGGCUCUGCUGGGCCAGUUGAAGCAGCAGGACAGCCUGAAUGCAGCAGACAACAGCAAGCUGAAGGCGGCUCUGGAGGCCAUCCUGGCCACUGCAGAGAAACUGCGUCCUCGGGGUUUGGAGCUACAGCAGGGAGAGCUGGGAGAUCUAGUGGAGCAGGAAAUGUCUGCCACCUCCGCUGCUGUGGAAUCGGCAGCUGCCAGGAUAGAGGAAAUGCUCAACAAGUCUCGGGCAGUUGACACAGGCGUCAAGAUGGAAGUCAAUGAGAGGAUCUUGGCCUCCUGCACAGAGCUGAUGCAGGCGAUCAAGCAGCUCGUUCUGUCUUCCAAAAAUCUGCAAAGGGACAUCGUUGAGAGUGGCAGGGGGGCAGCAUCCAUGAAGGAAUUCUAUGCCAAGAACUCCCGCUGGACUGAGGGCCUGAUCUCUGCCUCCAAAGCAGUGGGAUGGGGCGCCACGGUCAUGGUAGAUGCUGCUGAUCUGGUGGUGCAGGGCAAAGGGAAGUUUGAGGAGUUGAUGGUGUGUUCACAUGAAAUAGCUGCCAGCACAGCACAGCUAGUGGCUGCAUCUAAGGUAAAAGCAGACAAAGACAGCACAAACCUGCAACGCCUGCAGCAGGCGUCCCGGGGCGUCACACAGGCUACUGCGGCUGUCGUGGCCUCCACCAAGUCUGGGAAGUCCCAGAUUGAAGAGAAAGAUACGAUGGACUUCUCCAGCAUGACUCUCACCCAGAUCAAACGACAAGAGAUGGACACACAGGUUCUGGUUCUGGAGCUGGAGACUCGUCUGCAGAAGGAGCGAGAGCGUCUCGGCGAGCUGAGGAAGAAGCAUUACGAGCUGGCGGGGGUAGCGGAGGGCUGGGGUGACAAAGAAGAGGGCACAGGUUGAGACCUGCCAGCCCCCUCGGCCCCCUCCUCCACCAGAAGACCGGCUUCUGUCUGCCUCGUUCUAUUUAUACACUUUACACUCUUCCUUGUUUUAUUCUCUCUUUUUUGUUUGUUUGUUAUCUAAGCCAAAUUUUAAAAGGUGCUUCUUUUCUAAACCUGCUCCUCCACCCGUGUCCAAAAGCUUCCAUAGAGGACAGCACCAAGGGCUCAGUGACGGGGGGGGGGGGGGGCGUCGAAGGGAGGAGAACAAAUGGAUGUAAGGAGUGGGGCGAUGGGAGAAAAGCUACAGUCCGACUUCAUGGCCUCACACCCCCACCGCCUCUCCCCCAGGACUGCCGGUGAGAAGCGGUCGAAGUGAAGUGGAUCCGAGUAUUUAUUGUCUUUUUCUUUCCCGGUUUUUUAAUAACGGCGCUCCGUCGAGGAGUCACAGCGGAGACGCUACGAGCACAAGUUCUUCUCAAGACAUCCCAGGAUGCACUGCACAAGGGCCAAACUCUCGGAAGCAACAGUGGAGACCAGUGACUGUUCUUGCCCCUUACACCAGCCCCCAAAACCAUGUCUCUGUGUAACGUAGAUGGCAUGCUCUCCUACUAAAACAAGUGUUUAUAAAGCUGUGGGAGCCGGAGCUGCUCUUUUACAUGUCUGGAUCUUCCUCCCUAGUUUCUUCCUAUUCUUUUCACACUGUGAGUUAUCACCUUAUUAAGUCCAUACCGCUUCACUGGCUGGUUCACUGGACUUUCUGCCUUUCACCUCUCCACCAUUGUAACGACCGUGACUGUUUACUUGAGCAGACCCCCCCCCCCCACCCACCCUUUUCUUUUCUUUUUACUUUUAACAGACGCUUCGCAUGGAAACUCUUAAAACUGCUCCAAACUGGGGAAUAGUUCCAGAAAAGUAAAGUAGUACCGUUUCUUUCUCUUUAACAGUCUUAUUCACUUGUGGGCUUUGAGACUGAUGCUACAUUGUCGGAGGUGGCAUGAUGACCUGUUGCUCGAACACUAAACACAUGGGCUCAUUUCCUCUUUUAUACUGGUUAAAGAGGUUAGUGGGAGGAAAACCUCUUUUUAUAUAGAAAAAAAAGCAACAACAGUUUAAGCAAAUGUUGUUAAAUACAGUUUAAGAUCCAUAUUGGUGCAUAUUUUUUACAAUUGCUCGUGAUCAAGCAGCGCUACAACAAAUCUGCCACAGGAGCAGCAGCUUUGGAGGUGCAGCUGGGACCCAGUCGCACAAUGAACUGCUGACGGUGUUGUCUUCUGACAGACGGCUUAUCUGAGACGUUAUGACUCUGCCAUCAGGACCCCCCGGUGCUGCGAGGAUGUUGACCCGUUAUUUUAGGAGAGAGAAAAUCUGCAGGAGCAACAAAAGGAAAUCCUAAAAACUUUUUUUUUUUUUCUCAAACUUGAAUGUCAGUUUUGGGACAUUUAAGGCGGCACAAACCUUUUUAUUUGGUUUAUCACAUGAUCCUGCCUCUUCAAAUACCCUGCAGGACUGAUGGUUAACUGCAGUUUUAUAUCAAUCCUUCACUAACUAACUGUCUGCAUUGCCAGAACCACAAUGGACUCUGAAGUAUGCAGCACACAAUGACUGCAGUGUUUUCAAAUAGCCUCCUAAAGACCAAGUAGCUGUGUAUAUAAACUACAAGCCUUCUGUUGUUGGAAAUAAUCUUUUGCUUUCUUUUAAUCUAAAAGCAUUACUGUAUUGCAUCUCUCCAAGUAAGGAUUCAGUUUAAUUGAAUUAGGGAUAUAAAAAUGGUGCACAUGAACGCCACAGGAGAGAGAGAGAGGAUGCUAUUUAACAGAUGUUCCUGCUGAGACUGAUGGACUGCGUGGACUCUGUGAGCAGACUGAUCAUGCCUUUGUGUAAACCACGAGAUGAGUAGGCAUCCCUUUUUUUGUUUUUUUGUAACCCAACACCUUAUUUCUUCUUUCUGUUUGACGGCCAUGAUGAUUCUCUUGGGAGUUUGUCUCUGUGUGUCUUAACAUCACUUCGUUUUGACGCUCUGCUUCAGCUGUGUAUCUUUGGGGGGGGGGGGAAACAAAGUUGUGACACUGGUUUAUUUAACAGACGCUGGUCAUAAUAGUAUUUGCCAAUAAUUCUUAAAAACGAGUUUUUAACCCAGUUGCAGAAGCAGAUGGAUGCGUCAAGUGUUUUUAUGAGUCAGAUUUUGACACCCAUCUACUGUUUCAAGCAGGUUAAAACAAGCAGCAAGUAUUAUUUGCAGGACUGUUAGGUUCACGUCUUUGUAUUUAAUAAUGACCUUAGAUAUGUUCUGUCACUUCUUCCACACCUGGGUAGCUGAUCUUAUUAGAAAUUGGAAUAUAAAACAAAAAAGAUACCAUAAAAAGAAGGAUAGAUCCAUUUUUUACAGUAUUUCAAGUGUCUCAAAAGAUUAAUUGAACGCACCUUAAGUGAUGUUUGGUUGUAUUUUUGCCCAAAUAUUCUUUAUUAAAUUAACCUUUCUCUCUCUCUCUCUCUUUCUCUCUCUCUCUCUUUGUCUCCUCUCUCUUGGGUCUGUGUCUGUAGUCCUACCAGCUCAGCCAGCCUUUCAAACUGCCUCACACUGUAGUCAAAGAUAAACAAAUACUCACAUAGCAACAUUGAAAUAUGUCUUUGUAUGAUAUACUAAAACUAUGUUGGUGGGUUUGUUUUUAUUUUUUCAGUUUUUAAAAUAAAUAUUUCAACUCGUUAAUACAGAC